GCGACGGCCGCCAACCGUCCAGCCCUCGCCGCCAUCCCUCCAUUCUCCCUCCACGUCUCCCCCCCACCCCCCCACUCCCCACCUCCAAUGGCGCAAUCGACGCUCCAAGCCCCAGCGCCGGAGCAGCUGACCCUCGACGAGCUCCUCGAGGAGAUAUUCCUCCGCCUUCCCACGGCCGCCGACCUCGCCCGCGCAGCAAUGGCCUGCGUCUCCUUCCGCCGCGUCAUCGCCGGCCACCGCUUCCUCCGCCGCUUCCGUGUUCUCCAACCACCGCCUCUCCUAGGUAUGCUCGAAGGCAUCAUUAAUCUCCCGUUCCGGCCGGCCCUGCCGCCCCACCCCUCCGCUGCCGCCGCCCGCGCCUUCGCCGACGCAGAUCCCGACUUGCUGUGCGACUAACUCCCCUCCCGCGACUGCUUUCUUAUGACUGACGUUCGCGACGGCCGCGUCCUCCUUGCCGGCGGCACCGAGAGAGGCUGCUUCCUUGACGGCGGCUUCCUAAGGCAUUUCGCUGUCUGCGACCCAUUGCAC